AUGUGACGAAGUACGCAUUCAGCGGACAUGUUCAUGCAAAACGCCUUUACGCCCAGGUCCUCUAAUUUUCUCUAUGCAUCACGAUGCAUCGUCACCUAGCUAGCUACUAUACUGUACAACUCGAUCCAGGGAUUUACGGACAAGCUUUUCUGUAAUUUAUGUUUAUGUCAGUAUAGUUUGAUUUGUGUUGCCGCAAAGCCACAAUGCGAAAAAUAUUUCUGCUGUUCAUCGUGCAGGCUUAUUUGUCUGGUGGUGUCAGAGGCAGUUUAAAUAUUCCAGGUCCCACCUCUGUAAAGGAUGCGCCCACUGAACAUGAAACGCUAUCUGGUACAAAAGUAAUCACACCCCCAGAACCUGUUGUAAAGAAAACAAUACCUGAAAAAUCUGUUAAAACUACAGUGGCACCAGUAGAAUCUGCUGGAAAGGAAUCUGUGCAAAUAGAAUCUAAAGAAAAUGGAAAAAAACAAGUAGAAUCUGAUAAAAAUGAAGAAGCAACUGGGAAGGAACCAGCAAUAGAUGCUGAAACUUCUAAGGUGGACCAAGAGGAGUCCGAUGAUAACGCUGACUUCCACAGCCCACGUGAAGACGCAAAAAGCGGUCACUUCUUUGUUUACCUUGUGUGUACUGCGGUGCUGGUGGCCGUGCUCUAUAUUAGCUACCACAACAAGCGGAAGAUUAUUGCCUAUUGUGUUGAGGGGAAGAGGUCAAGAUCGGCGCGUCGGCCCAAAACCACAGAGUACAUGAAGGUGGAACAGAAUUUGUGAAGUGGCAUCACUGUCAUGAAGGUAUUGCCAGAAUAAGGGAUAAAGGUGUGAAUAUGAAAUAAGGCACCAAACUGAGUGAAAGAACACCUGCUUGGUUUAAUCAAUAUUGAUGUCUUGGAUGGAUAUUAUGUAAUAUAUUUUUGUCUUUGUAUGAUUGUUGCAUGUCUAUGCAGAGAACACUGUUGCCUUAUUAGGAAAUAUGUAAUGCUGACAAUGAUAAACAUGCCUGUGUUUGCACUCUUUUGUGAUUUUGUUUCUGUGGAGCAUUCUUUGUGUUCUCUGUCAGGCAGUCUGACUGAUAUGCAGCAUAUACACUCUGUGGCCAUUUUAUUAAGAACACCUCCCUGUUCCCUGUUUACAUACAUAAAUCCUCCAAUAGGUAUAUCAGAUGGCUGUGGCUUGCUAUGUAAAGCAGGCCUUAAUGUUAAUGUUCAGUAGAAUGAUAGAAUGGGUUUCCAGCGUGUAUGACCAUUGGUGCCAGGUCUGGCAGUUAUAGAAUCACUUGUGGGCUUUUUACCAGCAACAGUGUCGAGGGUUUAUUGAGAAUGGUGUGACGAACGACACAUCUGGUCAGCUGCAGUUCUGUGAGAGAAAAUAGCUUGUUGUUGACAAACAACAAACCAAAAAAAUAAAGGCACAAUACAUCGGCGGUGUGCAAAAUGCUGUCUCAAAGCUCACUGUGUGCUGUUCCUCGUGAUAGGUGGGUUAUUGUAGGAGACAACUAUACUGGGUUACUUCCCUGACUGAGGAUUGUCGAAAAAAACACCAGUCUCAGAAUAAGUGGCCUGCACAGUCCCCAAAUCUCAAAGCUAUUGAACCUCUUUGGGAUGAGAAGGAACUGGCUGUUUGCAGCAUUUAUGUAUUGCUUAUCCAGCCAGCUGCAAAAGAGCAUUUUAAGCACCUCCAUAGAAUUCAUGAAUCCCUGAAGAAUUCAGGCUGUUCUGUAGGCAAAGGGGUGGUAGACGGGUGUACCUUUAUAAACUAUCCACAGAGUGAAUAUACAUGUACUGCCUGAGGAGAAUAUUUGUUUAAAUUGUUUUAUUUUCCUUCCGGUCCUCAGUUUUUUGCAGGUUUUUCUUCAAAUAAAGGUUUUGACAGAAGACUCAACAGUGAGAUUGUUCACCUGCCAGGGUUGAGCAUUAACCUAUACUCCCAAAUGUACUGUAGGACAGAAGUUCAACACAAGCUACCACAUCAUGUUGGCCAGAUGAAUGUAAAUGUACUUUGUAUGUGUUUUGUUGUCUGUUAGCUGAAAUCCCUUCUGAGAUGGCAAAGGAAGUUGACUUUUAGUUGCUAUGUCUAUGUUUUCAAUUGGCUGUGGGUGUGGAGGAGCGGAAGUGUAAGCGGUAGGCCUACAUCAUUGGGUGUGACUGAUAAUGCAAGUGGAUGAUUAAUUUGGUUUCCAAGGGAAUUACUGAAGUUAAGUGUUUGAAUUUAGGCCUAUACUGCUAAUUUGAUUAGAGUGGGGGUAGGCAAUCCUGGCCCACUGGUGGUGCAGGCAUGUCUUUGAUUUAACCAACCUGGAAGACCACGGGUGUUGAAUUCAGACUAUCACUGAACAGAUUAAUUAGCUCAAUUUGGGUGUGCUGGCAAGGUUGGGACAAAAUCUUGCAGUACCUACAGCAAAUCAGAAGAAUGGUUGUGUACCCCCUGGGUUAGAGCCAUCUAGCACCUGGAAAGGGACAUCACGUAAUUCAUUUUAUUUCAGCUAAUUGGACCUAAAAGGAUAAUAUUGAUAGCUGGCCUGCGCAAACCUUUUCAUUUUCUCAGUGACACUAAAUUAGGUCUAAAUUAGGUAGACAUUGCCAAAAUUAAGACUAUAGAUGGAAAUUCUGAAGACCGUAGAGACUUGAAGAAUGUGAUGAACAUGUGAUUUCUGUUUUUGUUAUCUGUUAGGACUUAGAGGUUUAGCUGAUUGAACACUAUGGACCUCCACUUCAACAUGGUGAUGGCCUCAAUGGCACUACUAAGCGCACUGACCACCAUUUGUCAUCAGCUCUGAGCCAGGCAUUUACAGGAGCUUAAUUUGGGUUUUCACAAAAGAACAAUGCAGACAAUUUUCUUGUUUGUCCAGCUGGCUUCUUGGUUCGGUAGUGUCACUGGUAAAUCCAGUUUGUCAGUUUUAGCUAUGUCAAUCUGCUAAUCAUAACAAGACAAGGCGGAUGCCAUACAGACACACUAAAUUCAUCUCAGACACCACAAAACAAUACUAAUUUAGUUUCUGAGGGAACUACAGAAGUGAACUACUACAAAUUAAAUGCUAGAUACAGUAGCUCUUAGGUAUCUAAACGUCUAAGAUAACAGGAAUAACUGACCAGUGCCAAAUUUAUCAUGGUCUUUGAUCACUUUUGGUAAGCAUUUUUUAACAAAAUGAAAACAAUUACUAAAGAUUUUGAGUAUGUAGAGGAGGAUUGAAGAAUAUGUAUUGGAUAAAUAUUCUCGUGGCAUCAAACCAGUGUAUAUUUAUCACCCUUGCCUGCUUUGUAAAUAACUAUUUCUACCCAGGAUCUUGUUCCACAGAAGUGUCCAUACAUAUUGCUUUGAAGUAUUAUAUAGCUAUGUAUUUGAUAAAUUGAAGUACACCUUUUACAGAUAUCCUUUUUGAAUAAUGGACUAAUUUAAGAAUAGAAAGUGUCCAAAACACAAAAUGCCCAUGUUAUUUUGAGAGUUUAUUAAAAUAUAUUUAACAAUAUUAAUAGCCAUUUUAAUGACCAUGUGAUUCUAAAUGUGUUUAUUUAAAUGUUUUCUACUUGGCACACACUGGUUUUUAGUUGGAAUGAGCCAAAUGCAUGGGAAAUCUUUGGGCACACUGUGACCCCACAGAGUCAAGGUGUCCAUAAUAUUUGUGCUGUGUUUUGAAUACGUUGUUUGUAUGUUGAGGCUUGAAGCCUCAGACCGAUCAGGACAUGCUCCAUAGCUUAUAAUGUGGUUUCUAUAUGUGUAAUUAGUCUUUCAUGUUUUCCCUUGGAAUCAUUCCAAUUAAAUUUUUUGUCAAUUAUAGUUAAGUUUACAGAGACAAAAUUAGAACAUGUAUACCUAUCCUAUCUUUGCUGAAUUAUUUUCUAAAUACUUGAACCUUUUUGCAGUCCACAUUGCUCUAAAUAGUUCAAUGGCUUCAAAUGAAAAUAUACAUAGCAUUCACACUGAUUGGGGCUUGGCUUACUUACAAAUUGCAUGAUAGCUGAGCAUAGACAUGCAAUAGGGUAUCAAUAAGCAAGACUAAAUUAGUUAAGGCCUAAAAAGAGAGAAUAAUUGUAAUCAAAUGUAAAGUAAAAUCUGUUAUGUAAAUACACGUUCCAUGAAAUCAAGUCGGUGAAUCAUCCUAAUAAAUGUGGUUUCAAUUUAA